AUGGCUAUGAAUAUACACGAUCGCAACCAAUACCACAGGUUUCAUAUCAGCAAGCUGCAUAUUUUGAAAAUCAAUUAUUGCCAGAAAUCAAACGCUGGCACAUUUUUCCACAGCUCAGUUUUUGUCAAGUGCAAAGGUGCUUUAAAGUAG